AUGAACCCAAAAAUGUCAAUGGUAUUACCGUUGCCUUAAUUAAAACUUGAAAAUAAUGAUGAAUACGAGAAUAGAAUCACUCUAAGAUUAUACAUAGAGAAGCUGUUAAAUUAAAAAGUUGGGAGGUAUGAUUGAUGUAAAAUAGAUAUCUCGAGAUAAUAUCAGGUAUUGCAAGUUUGGCUAGUGUAGGAAUAUAUAUAGUUUCAACUUAUUUUGAUUCAGUUGAGUGGUUAGCUACUUUGGAUAUUGUGGUUUGUUCUUUAUAUUUGACAGAGUAUUUAUUGAAAUUAUUUGCUGCUUAACAUAGAUUGUAAUAUAUAUUUUCUGACUUUGCUAUUAUUGAGUUGCUGACUCUAUUUCCUCUUUUUACAAUUUAAUCAGUAGGAAAUUGGAAUUAUUUGUAACGACUUAUUAACAUAUCUCGAAUUUUAAGAGUAUUUCGAGUAAUAAGAAUGAUCAACAAAUUGUAAUAAUUAUCAGACAUUGAAUAUGGUGGAGUGACUAGAUAAAUAUAUGUAAUAUUUUCAACUGUUACAACAAUUAUUAUUGUAACUGCUGGAGUAUUAUAUGCAUUUGAAUUUCCUAAGAGACAAGAAUUAAUAGAGAAUGAUCCAAAUAAAGGAUGUUCUAAUCAGAUUGAUAAAUGCCAUUUCCAUGAAAUGAUAUACUUCACUAUAGUUACAUUAUCUACAGUAGGUUAUGGAGAUGUAAUACCAUAUAGUGAAGAAGGACGAGUAUGUGUUAUUGUACUAAUUAUUAUUGUACUUGUUGUGAUACCUAAACAGAUGAAUGAAUUGAUUAGAUUAAUGGGAUUAUAAAGUGUUUAUGCUAGAUCAUUCUAUAAACCNUUGGCAGAUUUCAUUUGA